CCGAUAACAUCCACAUCCCGCAUCAGCAUCAUUCAAAUAUACACGUAAUUAUCUAAGAUAUUUACCUAGGUACCUACCUACCUACCUAUAUAUCUCUGUCAACCCGUGUCUAUUUAAAAUAAGCGUCGCCUACUCUCUUACACUAUCAGCAUCCUCCCAAUCGCCAUGUCGAAGCCGUCACAGUUGCGUUCCCUCUACCGAUCACUCCUUCGAGAACUCCCUCCCAAACCACUCCCGUCUUCCUCUUCGCAAGUCCGUUCGCCUUUACAUCAACAAUUAAGACAAAGCUUCUCAAACGAUCCACCUCAAGAGCACGCCAUCGCCCAAGCCGACCAGUUACUACAGUAUCUUAAGGCACAAAGACAAUAUACGACUCUGCUGGAGCGAUAUAAUCCGGGUAUGGGUAUGGAUGAGGAAGAGCGCGUCAGGCUGACCGCCCGUCGGGUCGGCAUGGACUUGCCAGUAGAGUACGAGAAGCCAGGCAAGGACAGUUGAAGUACAAAAUCAUAGGAGGGGAAGUUUACGGAAUAAUGCCGAUUCGCUUAUACAACACCAUGAAUAUCGAUUAGAACCUCUGCCCCAAAGAUGUCAGGAAUACACCCGACUCUUUGAUCUUGUAUUGAUGUGGAAUAGACCCAAACGUGUGAAUCGCGUACACGAACGGGUUGUAUCGCAAGGGAUUGCACGAAGAAUGAGACCGAGCGGUCCACGCUUCUUCAAUCCGACGCAGUUACCAAUCCCGAAUAAUGAGGCAACAAUUUGACUCCUUGCCUUACUUCACAAGAGAUCCUUUUGCUUCUCAUGUAGUCCUAGGGUGGUAAUUAAGGGGCUGAGACUCAGCUCGCGUAUGUAUCUCACGAACAUCGAUGUACAUAUUCAUGAUUUUUAUAACAUUUCUUAGUACCCAAAUUACACUGCC